GUAUCUUUUUUAUCUUCUUCCGUUUCAGCCAUGCCUUUCUUUGAUAUACAGAAAAGGCUGGAUGUUAACUUAGACCGCUGGAUGACAAUCCAGAGCGCUGAGCAGCCUCACAAGCUUUCAUCUCGGUGCCAUGCUUUUGAAAAAGACUGGAUAGAAUGUUCACAUGGAAUUGGUACUAUCCGCGCUGAGAAAGAGUGCAAGAUAGAGUAUGAGGAUUUUGUAGAAUGUCUGCUUCGGCAGAAAACGGUGAGGAAGUGAUGGAGAUGGGAACUAA